UCGGCCAGCCUCUUGCCGACCUCGUCGGCCGCGGCUCCAGCUUUGCCGGCCAGUUUGGUCGGUUCCAUAGCCCCAAGAGGUUCAAGUGCCUUCCACCAAAGCGUAGCGACUACCAUUGCUCCUCUGCCCUCAGACUGUCUGGCUGCAUUUCCCCGCUGUCCCUCCACUCUUCCGGCCUCCUGUCCGGCCGGCCUUCAGACCCACUCUUACGCGUCUGCCUGCAACUACUCCGCUUGGACCGCUGCAGCACACUUGGGCCUGGAUCAGGCUGUCUCAACUGUACCUAUUGCCAGUGCUUCUUUGGCCGGUGCCGUGAUGAGUCCUCUGGCCUCACAUUUUCCGCCGGGCCCAGAAGAAGAAUUUUACGCAAACUAUUACGGCCACUACUCAGCUUAUGCCGGUUCCGGGCAAGUUCAUGACGCCAAACUCGCAGCCUCUGCCGGUACCUGCACCGGCGACACUUGCCCCCUCAGCGCCUGGAAGUUCGCCCAGACCAAUUCAGAGUCUAUCACGAGCCCAUCCUCACCAUUGGCCUACACAGGCCAGUGCCAGAAUAGCACUGGAACGGGGUUCGUACCGACGGCCUUUAUCUCACCACCGCGCACCUGCUCAUCUUCACUCGCCUCCCUUUCGUCGUCCUCUUCUCCCUUCUACUCUUCCUUCUCCUCUACUAUGCUACCCAACUAUCCUCACUUGUCUGCCUCAUUGGCCCGACUGAAAUCUAGCUACAGCUUGACUGGAGAACCCUAUUCUUCCCAGACCAAGCCGUCAAUCAUACCGACGUCAACGGGCCUGACUACCCGGCUCGUGGACGAGGGUCUCUUCGUGCAUCCGGACGAUCAACCAGAAGAAAGGGGCUCCUGUGUACAAGCUUGCUGCCUGCAGCCCGGAGAAGACUAUUUGUCCAAUGCAAAGGUCCCAGAUGCCAGCCAAUUGACUGUGGAGCCAAGUAGGCAGUACUAA